GAAAAAUACAUUUUUUUUUCUAUCUUUUUCUUCUUAUUAUUAUUUUGUUAGAUUACACAACGUAUUACCUAACAAAAAAAAAAAGAAAAAAUGACUACAGUGUGUGUUGCAUUUAGGGAACUGAUUGCCAAUAUAUUGAUCAUUAUGGUAAAUAUUAUGUGUUUACCUAUAAUGAUUUGGAAUUGCUUUAUGAGCUUUUUCCAUGUAUGUACUGUUAAAAAGCCGAUUGUUCCAAGAGUAGUUGCCAUCACAGGUGCAAAUGCUGGCAUUGGUGAAGGUAUUGCUCAUGCAUAUGCAAGAGAUAAAGCUUCUUUAGUUUUAAUAGCUCGUAAUAAGGAACGUUUGGAAAAGGUUGCUGAAGCUUGUAAAGAACUUGGCUCUCCUGACGUAAAGAUUGUUCAAAUGGAUGUAUCAGAUACAAAGGCAGUCGCUGACUUUUUUGAUGAAAAGACGGUUGAAUAUGGUAUUGAACUUUUUAUUGCUAAUGCAGGUGUCUCAACGAUUCCUAAAACACCUCUCUUGGAUCAAAUGGAAAAGAUGUUUCAAAUCAACCUCCUCGGCGCUCUUGCAGGUGUUAAUUCUGUCUUUAAAGCCAUGAAAAAACGUGGACGUGGUGGACAAAUUGCUGUCGUUUCCUCUGUUUUCGGUUUCCAAGUUCCCCCUACAUUACUUAACUAUGGUGCAUCGAAGGCUGCUUUAAUGAGCUAUUGUCGUGAUCUUCGUGCGUUAGGCAAAGAUGAAGGUAUCAAGGUAAACACAAUCGCUCCUGGUUAUAUCGCGACUGAAAUGACGGCUGCUUUGCCCAGAAGAAAUAAAUUCUUUUAUCUUACCCCCGAGAAGUUUGGUGAACAAAUUAAAAAGGGUCUUGAAGAUGAUGUCGCCUUCAUCUCUCUUCCCCUUCAUCAAUACUUUUUGUUCUCCGUUUCGGCUGCUUUACCUAUCUCUGUUAGGCAAUGGAUUGCUAUCGCAUUCCAUAAAACCCUUGAUUCUAUCAUAAAGAUGAAUGCCAAUACAAAGGAAGAAAAAAAGAUUAUAUAAAGUAAAAUAAAUAAGUAACAAAGGCUUAUAAACACAUCGUAUUUGAUCUUAUAUUAAAUUUGAUGGGCUCCUUUCCUCCUCUAACUUUCUCACCCUUCCUU